UAGUAUAUUGGGUGAAUAUGCUGAAUGCAUUGGGUUGUUGUCUUUUCCGUCAAAAAUCUUUCCUGCAUUAUUUGAUCAACAAAUAAAAAACAAAAAUGUGGCCAAUAAUUAUGGCUCUCCUGCGGCGCAAUGCUGUUUAUAUCACUUUACCAGCUGCUGCCGUCGUUGGCUUCGUUGGUUAUAAUUUAGAAAGUCUUCUAUCCGACAAAUACACGCCAUAUAGUCCUUCCAUACAAGAGAUCCGCUCUCAGCGCCAAGUUGCUGAAAAUUUAGUAGAAAACGCAGUUAAUGUGGAGAAAUUAAAGUUGUCUAGCUCCGUGCUAGAGCGAAAUUUAUCACCGUCAUUGCAGCCGAAGGCGUGAUUGCUGAAUAGGUUGUUACCUAAUUAUAAGGAAUGUAAAAUAAAAUUAUAGUUGAAUAAAAUAGUAAAAAAAAAA